GUGCGAGCCGUCCUGGUCGUCGGUUGCUGCGCUCGGUGCUGUGUGGAGCAGGUCCCGGACUUCCACGUCCGGUCCCCGGGGGCGUUCGCCAUGAGGAGAAGUGAGGUGCUCGCGGAGGAGUCCAUCCUGUGUCUGCAGAAAGCCCUGGUGAGCCUUCGGGAGAUAUGGGAAGUCAUUGGGAUUCCCGAGGACCAGCGGCUGCAAAGAACGGAGGUUGUGAAGAAGCACAUCAAGGACCUCCUGGACAUGAUGAUCGCCGAAGAGGAGAGCCUGAAGGAAAGGCUCAUCAAGAGCAUCGCCAACUGUCAGAAAGAGCUGGCCACCCUGUGCAGGGAGCUGUGCGUUGAGCCGUUUCAGGAGGAAGGGGAGCCGACCAUCUUGCAGCUAGAAAAGGAUUUGCGGACUCAGGUGGAACUCAUGCGGAAACAGAAGAAGGAGAGAAAACGGGAGCUGAAGCUGCUUCAAGAACAAGAUCAAGAACUGUGUGAACUCCUCUGCGUGCCACGCUACGACAUCGACGGGGAAGCGGUCCCCAGCAUCGAGGAGCUGAACCAGUUCAGGCAGCACGUGGCCGCCCUGAGGGAGACGAAGGCCUCUCGGCACGAGGAGUUCGUGGCCCUGAAGAGGCAGAUCAUACUGUGUAUGGAGGAGCUGGACCACACCCCGGACACGAGCUUCGAACGGGACGUGGUGUGUGAGGACGAAGAUGCCUUUUGUCUGUCUCUGGAGAACAUCACAACGCUGCAGAAGCUGCUGCAGCAGCUGGACAUGCGGAAGUCCCAGAACGAGGCGGCGUGCGAGGGGCUGCGCGCCCAGAUCCAGGAGCUCUGGGACCGGCUGCAGACACCAGCAGAGGAGAGAGAAGCUCUGGCCGUGGUUAUGACUGGGUCGAAGGCCAAGGUCAAGAAAGCGCUGCAGUCAGAAGUGGAUCGCCUGGAAGAACUGAAAAGGCAGAACAUGAAGACAGUGAUCGAGGCGAUCCGGGCGGAGCUGGCGAAGUACUGGGACCAGUGUUUCUACAGCCAGGAGCAGAGACGGGCCUUCGCCGCUUACUCUGACGAAGAGUACACAGAAACCCUGCUCCAGCUCCACGACGCUGAGAUUGUGCGGGUAAAAAGCUACUAUGAGUUCCACAAAGAGCUCUUCGAAGGUGUGCGGAAGUGGGAAGAGAGCUGGAGGCUCUUCUUGGACUUUGAGAGAAAAGCGUCAGAUCCAAGUCGGUUCACAAACCGAGGAGGAAAUCUUCUGAAGGAGGAAAAGCAACGGGCCAGGCUCCAAAAAACACUCUCUAAGCUGGAAGAGGAACUGAAGGCCCAGAUUGAAGCGUGGGAACAGGAGCAUUCCGAGGCAUUUGUGGUGAAUGGACAGAGAUUCAUGGAGUACGUGGCCGAGCAGUGGGAGAUGUUCCGCCUAGAGAAAGAGCGCGCCAAGCAGGAAAGGCAACUGAAGAACAAGAAGCAGACGGAGAUGGAGAUGCUGUACGGCAGUGCGCCCCGGACGCCCGGCAAGCGGCGCGGGCUGCCGCCCUCCACACCCGGGAAGGUGCGCAAGCUGAACACCACCGUCAUGUCCAAUGCCACGGCCAACAGCAGCAUCCGACCUGCCUUUGGGGGGACGGUCUACCACUCUCCGGUGUCUCGGCUUCCACCUUCCGGCAGCAAGCCCGCGCUCACUUCCACCUGCUCGGGGAAGAAGAAAAUGCGUGCCGCCCUCCGUGGAGCCGACAAGGAGAACCUGGAGCUCAACGGCAGCUUGCUGAGCGGUGGGUACCCCAGCUCGGCCCCCCUCCAGCGCAACUUCAGCAUUAACUCUGUUGCCAGCACCUAUUCUGAGUUUGCGCGAGAACUUUCAAAGGCCUCCAGAUCUGACGCUACUUCUCGAGUCCUCAAUUCCACCAACCUGCAGUCCUAAGAAGCCCCGAUCAGCCCGCUGGCUGUGGCUCCUGUAUCUAGACUGGACCUAGCUGUGCGGGUGGCUUCCAUUUUCUCCGCCUCAGGUGUGCUUGGGGCCCGGGGUAGGCGCCAUUGCCCCGGACGGCCUUUCCUACAGGCGCAAGUGCAUGCUGAGCUUAGCGGUCCUUAGACACUAUUUUUGGUUCAAGACACGCAUUAGAAGUAAGCUCACAGCAGUGAGCGCAGAUUCAGCUCACGGGCCUAACGUUCCCAUCCCCCAUCACUGCUCUGGCUGAAGCACGGUCGACAACACACAUCUCGUGAUCGCCGUCGUCGGGUGAGAAGACGAUGGCCUCCGCCCGCCCCCUGGGGCUGAGGUGGGACACGCGGUGCUUUCAGCACCUGCAGCGAGCAGCUGGCACCUGUUUGGUUUGGGGACUCUCAGCAGAGGCCUGUGCACAGCACGCAGGGCAGCCUUCCUCCUGACGACAGGGUCCCUGUCGGAGUUGUGAUGGCCUGGCCUGCUGCCAGAGGGUGACAGGGAGGUUGGUGGCCCCUUUGUGAACUCUGUACAGUCACUCUACAUGGUGUCAACACGUGCUUGUCUGAACUCUAGUCCUUCAGUUUUCUGUGUCCAGCACCCCUGUCCCCCCCUUGCCCACCAUCACCCCGAGCCCACUGUGCCUGCGUGUGGCCUCCCCCUGCAUCUGGCAGCCAGGCUCAGAAGCUGCUGGGGAGACGCAGAACUUUGCACACAUCUGUUGGGGGGCGUUCCCGCUGUAGCUGCCCUGCAGUCACUGGGGUCCUCCGGAAGCGCUGGUUAUUCCAGCCCCGCCUGCGCUGCCGCCAGCACUACAUGUUCCCGGCCACCCGGGCGGCCGUCUGCAGGCGAGGGCCCUGCUGUCUAGCCCUGUGUCCUUGCUGUCUUUUAAAUCUUCUAAAUAUAAAUAUAUUGUUAAUAAAUUAAGAUU